CAGCCCUGCGGGACGCGCCGCGAUGGAGCGGGCGGCGGGCGAGGCCCGGCCCCUGCUGCCGGCGCCGGGGGGCUCCGCCGGGCUCUCCUCGCCCGGGCUCUCCUCCGCCGGCGCCGUCUUCAUCCUGCUCAAGUCUGCGCUGGGCGCGGGGCUGCUGAGCUUCCCCUGGGCCUUUGGCAGGGCCGGCGGGGCCGUCCCCGCCCUCCUGGUGGAGCUGGGCUCGCUGGUGUUCCUGGUGAGCGGGCUGGCGGUGCUGGGCUACGCCGCGGCCCUCAGCGCCCAGCCCACCUACCAGGGCGUGGUCCGGGCCGUGUGCGGGGCGGCCGUGGGGAAGCUCUGUGAGGUCUGCUUCCUCCUCAACCUCUUCAUGAUCUCCGUGGCCCUUCUCAGGGUGGUGGGCGACCAGCUGGAGAAACUGUGUGACUACCUGUACCCCAACGGGACACUGAGUGGGGCCCCUCAGCUGCCCCCCUGGUACGUGGACCAGCGCUUCACCCUCUCAGCUCUCUGUGUCCUCGUCAUCUUCCCACUCUCUGUCCCCAGGGAGAUCGGCUUCCAAAAGUACUCCAGCGUCCUGGGCACGCUGGCUGCCUGCUACCUCACUCUGGUCGUCAUCCUGAAAUACUACCUGCAGGCAGAGAGCCUGCGUUUGACUGAGCUGCCCCAGCCCUCCAGGUCCUCCUCCUGGACCUCCAUCUUCAGUGUCAUUCCCACCAUCUGCUUUGGCUUCCAGUGCCACGAGGCAUGUGUGGCCAUCUACAGCAGCAUGCGCAACCAGAGCUUCUCCCACUGGGUCACCGUCUCUGUGCUCUCCAUGCUCAUUUGCCUGCUCAUCUACUCCCUCACUGGUAACCCCAGCACCAAACCCUUCACUCCUCCUUGCCCCGGGGGUCCCCUCUCCCCUUGGCUCAUCCAUCCUUCUCAGAAUUCCUCUGUCCGGCUCGCUGCUCGGCUGCCCAACCCCACCUCCCUGUCAGCAGGGCUCUAUGGCUACCUGACCUUUGGCGAGGCCGUGGCAUCCGAUGUCCUGAUGUCCUACCCAGGGAAUGACCCGCUUGUCAUCGUCGCCCGCCUGCUCUUUGGCGUUUCCAUUGUCACCAUUUACCCCAUUGUGGUGCUGCUGGGCAGAUCCGUGGUGAAGGACUUGUGGGCAGCCCCGAAGCGCGGGGCCGUGGCAGUGUCUGAGGCACAUGAGCGGCGCAGCCGGGUGGCACUGACGGUCACCUGGAUGGCUGCCACGCUGGGCAUCGCCCUGUUUGUCCCCGACAUCGGCAAAGUCAUCGAGCUCAUUGGGGGCAUCAGCGCCUUCUUCAUCUUCAUCUUCCCAGGGCUGUGCCUCGUGUGCGUGACUGGGACCCGCAGCCUCGGGCCACGCAAAAAGGCUGCUCUCAUCGCCUGGGGGGUUCUCUCCGUUCUCGGCGGUGCCUUCGUGUGCGGGCAGAGCGCUGCCCUGGCCGUGCUGGGGCUGCUGCGCUGAGGAACCACAGAGCGCCCCCGUGACCCUCCCACCGUCCUGCCCCGGACACGGCCACACCACUGGAUCCCAUGGCGGUUUUAUUUGGCAUCACCGUCCCCGUUGU